CAAUACCGUAUUGAAUAAGCAUCGGUUGUUAUUGAGACCUAAAACGGUAUUUUCUCGCUUACAUUUAACACGACUCUUCCAGGAAAACGUUAGGAAUAAAAAUUUUCGCACAUACAACACAUUCUGCUAGGGAGGGAGUAUUUUCUCCUACGCCAGACAGCUGUAAUGGCGAAUGCAACUACCAACAGCUCGAUUUCAGCCCCCGUGGUCCCCGUCCACAAAUCAGUAUGGGACGAGAUCGAAGAGUUCUACUCCGACAAGAACAAUAUGGCUAUGUACCUGGUCCUUCCACUCAUUGUCAUCGUCUAUGGUGGAUGCAGUCUGAUAUUUUGUAUUCACAAAUGUAUGCAGUAUUGUAAAAAAUCAAAGAAAAGGAGAGAUCGUGAAGUUUUGCUCCAAGACAACCGACGAAAGAGCAUCAUCACUCAGAGCCAGUUAGAGAAUAGGCCCAGAUCAAUAGCUAGCAUUCACCCGGAAGUAACACAGUCUACAGAACAAAAGCGUACCCCAACACCGUUACCAUGGCAAGUUCCUGACGACUCGGAAACUGAACGGAAUAAAACGACAGAUGUUCCUAGCAAACGCAACACACAUCCGCACAAAGUAUCGCGAGUCCACACUGGAAAAACCCCUCCUCCACCCUACAAAGAGGUGGAGGAUAUCAUUGUCUUAAGCGGUCCACAACAUCCGGGAUACCCGAGCAACCAUUACUCAAAGAAGCAGGACUAUUCUCCACUGGAACUCACAAAACAGCUCCUCAGACUCGGAGACGACGAGAAGGAAGUAAGGAGAGGAAGAAAAAAACGCCUGGUGUUCACCACCGAUUAGCACAAAUAAAGACUGGUGUUCACCACGGCUAGUACAAGUACUAGUACGACGUCAAUUGCUCGACGUUUCAAAUUGUGAUAUGUUUAUAUUAUUGAAACUUUCAUUCUUGAAAAUAAUGAAAAAGUCUAUUUUUGACUAAUGUUGAUAGUACUUUAUACUUCAUCAUGUUUUCAUCAUUAUGUUUUGGAGAUGCAUUUCAAAAUGUUUUCAUAUUCUUGUCGUUUAAGUAUGCUUUUGCUUCGUUUAUAUUUUCUAAUUGAAGAGUUGAACGUUACACAAACCAUUCACUCCACAUACCUUAGGAAUCUUCACUGCAACUGAAGAUGUCUUUUUUACGAAUGUUCUUUUUUAUGACAUAACUCCAGACGCUGGAAACAUGGACCAGCGAUAGGUAUGUCUAUAAUCUUAUCUGUUGUUCACAUCUAUACCUUCUGGAAUUCUACAAAUCUCUUCUAUGUACUACAGGAACAUCUACAGAUUGUUUAUGUCUUCUUGAUAUAGAGAAAUCUACACAAUGCUAAUUAGAGAAAUAUACAGUUUGUUUUCUUAAUAUAGAGAAAUCUACACAUUGUGUAUAUCGUCUGCUAUCGAGAAAUCUAUGCAUUGCUUAUCAGAGAAAUCUACAGAUUGUUUAUGUCUUCUUGAUGUAGAGAAAUCUACGCAAUGCUAAUUAGAGAAAUAUACAGUUUGUUUUCUUAAUAUAGAGAAAUCUACACAUUGUGUAUAUCGUCUGCUAUCGAGAAAUCUAUGCAUUGCUUAUCAGAGAAAUCUACAGAUUGUUUAUGUCUUCUUGAUGUAGAGAAAUCUACGCAAUGCUAAUUAGAGAAAUAUACAGUUUGUUUUCUUAAUAUAGAGAAAUCUACACAUUGUGUAUGUCGUUUGCUAUCGAGAAAUCUAUGUAUUGCUUAUCAGAGAAAUCUGCACGUUUUCUGUUUCUACUAUAGAGAAGGAAAUCCACAAGUACUUUUUGUUACUAAAUUGAAACACAAUGUUCAUUUCAGUGCGCGUCAAAGCUUGUUCCUAACAUUGCAAUAUCCUAAUUUCCUGUUUAUUGUAUGGGCCAAUUAUACAUAAGCACUCUUGACGACAUUUUCCCGAGAGAGGAAUGUUCAUCAUAGGCGGAUCCAGGAAUUUGUGAAAGGGAGUCUAGCACUUGAUCUUUUAAGUACUUUUCACAACCUCCACCCCUACCCAUUUACACCCUAUGAUUGUGUACAUAACACUUUAAGGAGAUCUUGAGACAGUUUUUAUACAUGGAAAUGGUUAGCUUAUUCAUUCCUUAUUUCCAAAGUUCUAGUCAUUCUCAUCGCAUACUCAGACCUGUUUUCGCAAUGAAAAAAAAAUGAAAAAAAUAAAAAAGGAGUUGAUUUAAAGGUUACUCCCAAUAGGUCGGGGGUCUGGGGUAAAUGGUGCAAAAUCCUGCAUUCUAAGGAUUUUCUGGCACUUCUUUUUCACUUUAAAAUUGUCUACUUCUUAACCAAAACUUUUAUGCUACAUAUACGCUAUAGGAAUUAAGUGAUACUUGUAUCCGACGAAAAUAUCGUAAAUAUAUAUCAGUGUGUCGUCUUAUCAAUCCAAGAAUUUUUAAAAUGAGUUACUGGUAUUGAUGAAUUUAAAUGAUGCAAAUAUCCACCUUUUUAUCAUUUUGCCUCAAAGACUCGUUAAAUUGAAUAACUCUUAAACUUUUUGGUCCGCAAAAAGGGGGUUCUGGAACACACACACACACACCCCUCUGGAUCAGCCCUUGAUCACAUUUCUUGUCCUAAUUAAUGAUAAACUAAACUGAUGUUCUAACACAAAAUUCCCUUCAUUACGAUACCGUUUUAUACUCUUCUUCGGGAGAUUUUUAUUCAAAUAUUUAUGAAACUGGAAUUGAAAAGAGGAAGAUUUGAUGUUGAAGACAACAGAUUAUAGAUUAAUAUGGAAUUCAGAGAUUGAUAUACUGCUUUCUGUUGGUUUAUAGAUUAACUAUGUAGUUAUAUAUAUCAGGCAGUUUGAUGCCUACAUGUAUAUUUCAGUACAAAAUUUCUCCUCAUGAAGUUUUUAUAUGACGAAUAUUCCAAUGGAAUACAAGACACACAAGUUCGUCAGUAAUGGAGAAAUACUUGUUCAUCAUUUUGUUUCUCUUUUUUAUAUAUACAUGUAGUUUAUAUAGUUCCCGCGGCAUCACAGUGCAAUACACAGUUAUCUCUCUUGUUCAAUUCUCUGACGAUAUGCAUGUACAAUGUGCUUACAUUCAUCAAGUUUUCCAGUCAGUGAAAUGAAUACAGUUGUUGUACAUUACAAUCACUAGUUUUCUAAUUACAUACUGUGUGAAAAAUUAAAAAAACCUCUACACAAUA